AUGACCCCACCGGAAAAGGAAGGGGUCGGAAUGACCGUACCUCCCACCGUCAAGAGCCAAAGCAAACCUCGUCCUCAUCUACAGAUAGAGGAUGAGGUGGAUGUCGACUCCUUAGUGGUGGAUCUCGAACAACCCAAAAAGACACCAACAGAAGAAGGUGUCACCAUGGCCAAAUCCUCGCCCUUCGCCGUUCCUAGCGGUGUAUCUGCCUUUAUGGAAUCGCUGAACCCCAAGGAUGUGGAAACGCUCGCACACCUACUCAAGCCAAUCAUCCUUGCUACAGAUGGAAAGAAACAGGAAUUGGAGGAAUGUGAAGUGCCCACACCUUCGGUGACUUUGGCCAGUGACAAGAAGGAUGACUCGGAGUGGCAUAAUCCCUACAGUGAAAGUACCUACUCUCUCUUCUAUUUGUGCAGCACCGAUAGCUUUGCAUUCUGGUAUGCCAUUUUCGUCUAUGUCAUCCAGAUCACCAGCAUUCUGCUCACACUGAUUGACGUUGUCGACUGGAAUGGUGGUGGCAUCCAUAUGCCACCAAAUGUUGACUUGAGUGUCACCAUUGCGCAAGGAGUGGCACUUUUCCAGGCCAUUGCUUUCCAAUCGGAUCUCCUCGAAGUUGUAGCAAAAUUCAAGGAUGGCUUCCAUCCAGAGGUGCUCGCAAAACAUCCUGGAGCAACCUACUCUACUUGGCUUCUUUCUUGUAUUGCUCAGCUCAUGGCUGGACUACUCUUACUUUUGACCAUCUACAUCUUGACCAUGCAAGUUGACAGUGUAUUAGGAAUCAUGCUCAAUUUUGCCGCUCUCCAUUUCAUGGCGGAUAUUGACAACGUGGCAUUCGAUCUUGCCAAGGCAGGCUUCAUGGGAAACAUGCUUAAGAAUGCGGCCAACGAUGUUGUCAACUUCCAAGUCCAUAAGCCUUCGGCAGAGCAAGGAUUUCUACAACGUUCGUGGAAGGCUGGGGUUUUCCUUUUUGUCCUUGCAGUCAUGGUUGCUGGCUGGAUCACUAUUGUGAUCUCCCGGACAUCAGGCAAAUACAUGUGCAAUACCAUCAUCGUGAAUAUGGGAGACAACUUUGUUCCCUCCCUUGGAGCAUUCAAUGGAUUAUAUGAUUUAGACCCCUCUGUAGCCUCUGGGCUGGAAUGGAGAGCGGAAUAUGUGGAGAGACGCUCGGUGGAGAUUGGCACUCCUGGUAGAGGCGUCUUUGGGUACUGUAAUGACAUCAAAGCUUGGACAUUCCGGGUGGAACCAAAGGAAAGCAAGGAAGACUCAGGCCCCUGCAACUGGAUUGCCAGAUCCUCUGAAACGGACACCUAUGAUAUCAGAGAAGCUGCCUCCAGUCAAUGGUUUGUCAUUGAUGAGACGCUUCGUGAAGCUACACUGGAACCAUUUAGCCUCUUCUGCUUUGACUGCUCCAAUGAGGGUGAGGGAGAGAGCGAUGACUGUGGCGGAAAGGGAACCUGCAGUAGUGCUGUUUGCGAUUGUGAGGAUGGUUGGUACGGGCUCAGAUGCCAAUUUGUCAGUCCUUGCCCCUCGAUUACCAUUGAUGCUCGGACUGACAAGUUUGCCAGUACCAGGGACUGGGCAAGUCAAUAUCAUUCCAUUGACUUGGGCAAUGGUGCAUUUGUCGAAGCAUACCACCGACCAGUGUAUAUCCAGAUGUAUGGGAGUGGCGAAUAUGAUGUUGUGUUGUUCAUGGGUGGGCGUUGGGCUUUGACUUCAUCUCUUUUCUUACCUCAUGCUGGAAGGAUCCCUGCUGAUGGUCUUUCUGAAGGCCAGGAUGAUGUUGGGAAUGACAUUGGAAACUUCUUCAAGCACUCCUUUCAUGGAUUCAAAGGGUUCUCAACCAACUUUUCUGUUGCUUUUCUCAGUGACUACAUGGAGAUUGGGACAGAGCGUGACUCAAGCUCCCCAGUUGGAUUUUCCUGGUAUCAUGCAGAAGAAGCCACAGCUGGUAAUAAGAACCAGGCGAUUGGGAAUGGUAUUUCUACUGAGCUCCUUUGCCAUGUCUGCGAGGAAUCCUCAAACCCUUGCCUUUAUGAUGGCAAAUGUCUUGAAGGGGAAUGUGGGUGCUCCCUUGACUCGUUUGGUAGCCUAUGUGAAGUCCCUCCAGUCAAAAAUGGACACUGCGACCCCUAUUUCAACACACCAGAGUUUAAGAUGGAUGGUGGUGAUUGCUGUGAGUCCACCUGUGAAAGUACAUCACAGUACGUCUGUGGGGCAGAGAAAGAGGGGUAUGUCAGCACUGGGUAUUUCUACUGUGAGCAACCAAAAGAUGAGUGGCAAAGCCAUCCUAUUGGCGGUGAUGCAGGCUCCUAUGCUGGUUUUGCCUUGGGUAUUUCGAUGGGAUCAAUGGCUGUGUCAGAACUUUUACAGGAUCGUGUACGCAUCUAUGACCAAGUCGGGUCUUCCUGGGUCCUACGCGACACGAUCUUGGGUGCACCCAAUUCAAGAUUUGGCCUACGAGUGGCCAUUUCAUCUGGGCCGUUCAAUGUGGUCGGCAACCCAAGCUUCAAAUCUCCCCUUACAGUUGCAACAACGGAUACUUUUCGAACUCUACGCAUCUACAAAUGUGACAUGGAUGGCUGUGAACUGACACAGGAAUUCUCCACUAUCCUUGUAUAUGACUUUGCUCUCUCCUAUGACAGCACUGUGCUGGCGGCAUCUUUGCUUACAUCAAACCAAGCUCCAACCAUGAUACGAGUCUUUGAGUCAAAACAAGGCUUAUUUGAGUUCCGGACUGAUGUCACCAAUGUGAGGCAAAAUUUUACAACAAGUCUUUUAUCGAUGUCGUUGAGUGGCGAUGUGUCAUGUUCUGGAAUGAGUUCGCACGCCUAUGAUGUGGAGGAAGAGUUUCGACUGGAGUCCAAAUUCAACACCAUCGGUUACCCUCUUUCAGUUCGACUAAGUCAGGAUGGGUCUGUUCUUGCCUUUGGAUUCCCAACAUGCCUGGACGCACGGCUCCGGGUUCGGGUGCGCAAUGAUGACAACAAAUGGUCAGAUCAACGAGCCCCAUUGAUAGUGAUUGAAUCAACUCAAUGCACUGAGAGCGAGAGGCCCCAUCGGAAUAAUGCCUUGGCUCUCUCUAGUGAUGGAUCUAAAAUUGCUUUCAGGGUCGGCACCAAGGUCAAGGUUUUUGAAUGGGAUUUUGAAUCUGAAGAUUGGAGUGAGGUUGGCGAUGAUUUUCCUUUCCUGCAUUACCCGGUUUCCAUGUCUUCUGAUGGCAGGACUCUGGCAAUAGGAGCCCCAGAAAACGGGAUAGGGGGUGUCACCAGUAUUUACUCGGUAGCCGGGAGGAAAUUGUGUCCAAGUGACAUGUCUCUUUUGCGUGUCUCUAUCACCAUUGACAGGUUCCCUGAGGAUGUGCUGUGGAACCUUUCCAACAACAAUACAGGCGAGAUCUUGUUCGAGCAAGAUGCAUACCCUCCAGAAUAUGCAUAUGCCACAAUUUUGGAGGAAACAUGUGUCCCAGCAGAUUCUUGUUUUGUGUUCUCAAUUCGCAAUCGCAAGCAACGCGGCCUGCAGGCUCCAGGACAGUAUGCACUCCUCAUGGAUGGGGAGACUGUUGUAAAUGGCACUUUUGAGGGUUUGUUUGCGAGAGAAUACUUUGGGAACUGCCCCUCAUGCCCUGCAGGUACCUUUCCAUUCAGCAUGAUGAUGAUGUCCUGUGAGCCAAUACGGUGGCACCUGUUGGAAGUCACCUCUGGAGGCAAUACUAGUACCACUGGUUCAGAGUUGGCACCACCAUCAUCUUGCAACGAAGGGUGGAAUGGAGAGAACUGUACUCAAUGGGUUUCCUAUGAAACAUGCUUGGACCCGGUGUGCUAUAUAUUUCAGGUGCUUUCCCAUCGCCAAGCCCAGGUCGAAGUCAGCUUUUGGAAUGUUACAAGAAGACCACUGCCGAAUGCCGUUUGCUUUGGAGAGCCCCAAUUUGUUGGUGACCUCUGGAAAUGCAAUAACGGGGCUCGGGAGGUUGUGCAUUCUAGUGGUUAGGUUGACAUUCCAUUCCCAUAGAUUAAAUACCACUGCUGGAUUUCGUAAGGUACACAUAGUGAUAAUCCAUACUAGCUAAUAGCCACCUGUAGAUAGAGAUUGACAAGGUUCCAUUGUAUCCAUUGUCCUUUGACAAAGUCA